UUUUUGGGACAAAAGGAGUAAGUAAAUAAAUGGGGUUGAUUUGUGCGUGUAAAGAAUUUUAGAAUCUAGACUGUAGACUCACUAAAUGUUUGAUCAUUCAAUUAAAUGACAUGAUUCCAUAUUUUUUGUAUUGUCCUUUUCCUUCUCAUGAUCACCUUUUUCCUCCCUUUAUAUAGCCUUCCAAACUUGCACAAUCUUCCUCAUUCCCAAAACAAAACCAACAAACAACUUCACAUUCUUCCUCUCAACAUCAAAAAAUGUCAACAACAAAUACCCCACAAAAAACAUUCAUGAAACCAGCCUUUGAACAACAACAACAAAUAUGCUCUGCUUCAAUGCUCUUCCCAUUCCUCCAAAGGAACACCUCUAUAUCUCAGACUAAUGAGAGGAGAGGUCGGCGAAAGCAGGCCGAACCCGGCCGGUUUCUAGGAGUCAGGAGACGGCCGUGGGGCCGAUACGCAGCCGAGAUUAGAGACCCAACUACUAAAGAACGACAUUGGCUAGGUACCUUUGAUACUGCUCAUGAAGCUGCUCUUGCUUAUGAUAGAGCUGCCCUUUCAAUGAAGGGUACUCAAGCUAGAACUAAUUUCAUUUACUCUGAAACCACCCCUUUUUUCCCUCUUCUUUCACCUUUUGAUGGUCCUUCUCUUUUACCUUCUUCUUCUAAUCAUUUCUUCUCUCUUUCUCCUCCUCUUCCUAACAAACCAUCCACUUUUACUACAACUAAUAAUAUUGUUCCCACCACUCCACCACCACCACCACCUCUUCAUACGGCCUCGGCCGAGUCGAAAAUCGACACCUAUACUAGUAUUAGUACUCAUCAUACAUCCACAAAACAUAAUGAUUUUAGCUUCAUUACUAAUAAUGAUAACUCAGGUUAUUUGGGUUGCAUUGUACCUGAAAAUUGCUUAAGACCAACUCCUCCUUCCGAAAAUGACCCUCAUCAUAUCCCUAAUAAUAAUAAUGUAGGGUACGACCUUACACUAUCACAUUCUGAUAAUCAAAGCAUGCCUACACCAAUGUUGUUAUCGUCGUCGUAUGAACCUAAAGAUGAUUAUUCAUUCUCAUCUUUCAGCAAUAAUGCUAAUGAAGAAAACAUAAGUGGUAACUUGGCAUUGGAGAUUAGCAGUAAUUUCAGUGAUUACUGCGAUGACCUCGCCACGAUAAUUAAUCAUCCAUUAAUGAUGGAAGAAGGUUGCAUGAUGGAAGGGUUAUAUCCUAUGAUUGAAGACAUAGCAGCAAGUUCUUAUUUUACAAUGCCUUGUGCUGGUUUUAGUAGGGCACCUUAUUAUGAUGAUAUGCUUGACUUGGGAUAUUCACUGUUUUAGUAGCAUAGCUUUAACUUCCAAUAAGAUAAUUAAUUAAUGCAUGAUUAUAUAUUAUAAAGGUACUUCUAUAUAUAGUUAGAUGUUUCAUUGUUUUGAAAGAUCUUGCUACUGCUUUUUUAUAUGUAAUUACACUAUAUAUUUUGAUGUAGUACACAUAAUAUCAUGUAUAUGAGUGGCUGCAGUAGGUCGUGUUAAAUAAGACUUCACCCGUUUCAAUUUUAUUUUAUUUUAUUUUUUAUUUUUUUUUAUAGUAAUUGACAUGUUUCUUAUAUCAUGUUUGUCAAUUCAUUAAUUUACCCAUAAUAUCUCUAAUUAUCAAUUCAUACAAGAUGAUAGUUUGUUCGAUGUGUACAUUUUUUUUUUUUUUUUGUUUUAGUGAGUAAAUGAGUUACACUAGCAAUAGAAAUUACAAAUAAGAGAUACUGAUUCAAACCAUUACAAUAAGUAAAAUGGCUGCACUAUAGAUUGAACCUAAGAGGCUAACACCAAAGGUUUUGAUAAUUAAGUACAUUACCAUUAAUCUAAUGUCAUUUAUUAAUUGCAUUAUAAUUGUAAUUUAACUAUUAGAUUUUAUCUUACAUAAUU